UGGCUAAGGCCGCUUUGGGCUGUCCCUCCGCACAUCAGAAUUGGAGAGGACUGAACCUGCAGCGCGUGCAGGAGGAGCUGGCCCCAGCCCUGGGUGGGCCCGACGUCGCGAAAUCCGGAGUCCGCAGGAGGCGCCCCAGUCUGAGAGCCGGCCCCAGCGAGGCAGGAAUGGCCCCGAGGCCUCCGACGGCCGCGCCCCAGGAAUCAGUGACAUUCAAAGAUGUGGCUGUGGACUUCACCCAGGAAGAAUGGCACCACGUGGACCCUGCUCAGAGGCGCUUGUACAGGGAUGUGAUGCUGGAGAACUAUAGCCACCUGGUUUCUCUUGGGUAUCAAGUUUCCAAGCCAGAGGUGAUCUUCAAAUUGGAACAAGGAGAAGAGCCAUGGAUAUCAGAGGGAGAAAUCCAAAGACCUUUCUGUCCAGACUGGAAGACCAGGCCCGAAGCCAGAUCAUCACAUCUGCAAGAGAGCGUCUCUGCAGGAUCCCGUAGCACAGAUGGCCUUUCGCAUGCCACCUUCCAAAGCACUUGGGGUGUUGGUAGCCAGUUUGAGAGGCACCAGGAAAACUGGAAAAGGUACUUGGGGCCAGAUGCAUCCAACCAGAAGAAAAUAAUCACGCCAGAAGAAAACUUCCAGCAAAAUAAAUUUGGUGAAAACUCUAGAUUGAACACAGUCCUGGUUACACAACUGAAUGGUCCUUCAAGGCCUAAUGAAUGUGAUACACUCGGAAGCAGUUUGGGACAUACUUCAGAUAUAAUUAAUCAGAAUAAUAUCCUUGCAAAAAAGAAACCUUAUAAAUGUGACAAAUGUAGAAAAGCCUUUAUUCAUAGAUCAUCACUUACUAAACAUGAGAAAACUCAUAAAGGAGAGGGAGCUUUCCCCAAUGGUACAGAUCAGGGUAUUUAUCCUGGAAAGAAACACCAUGAAUGUACUGACUGUGGGAAAACCUUCCUCUGGAAGACACAACUUACUGAGCAUCAGAGAAUUCACACUGGGGAGAAGCCCUUUGAAUGUAAUGUAUGUGGAAAGGCCUUCAGGCAUAGCUCAUCCCUUGGUCAGCAUGAGAAUGCUCACACGGGAGAGAAGCCUUACCAGUGCAGUCUCUGUGGGAAAGCCUUCCAGCGCAGCUCCUCCCUUGUUCAACACCAGAGAAUUCACACUGGAGAGAAACCCUAUCGAUGCAAUUUAUGUGGGAGAUCUUUUAGGCAUGGCACGUCCCUCACUCAGCAUGAGGUCACACAUAGUGGAGAGAAACCCUUCCAGUGUAAGGAAUGUGGGAAAGCCUUUAGUCGAUGUUCUUCCCUCGUCCAGCAUGAAAGGACUCAUACGGGAGAGAAACCUUUUGAAUGUAGCAUAUGUGGGAGGGCUUUUGGUCAGAGUCCAUCCCUUUAUAAACAUAUGAGGAUUCAUAAGAGAGGCAAACCUUACCAAAGCAAUAACUAUAGCAUAGAUUUCAAGCACAGCUCAUCUCUUACACAAGAUGAAAGCACCGUCGCUGAAAUGAAAUCCUAUCAUUGUAAUGACUGUGGGGAAGACUUCAGUCUCAUUACUGACUUUACUGAUCAUCAGAGGAUCCAUUCCGGACAGAACCCCUAUGAAUGUGAGCAAAACUUUAGUCAACAACCUAUUUCUCAUCCUGGAGAGAAACCCUAUCAGUGUAAUGUAUGUGGAAAAGCUUUCAAAAGGAGUACAAGCUUCAUAGAGCAUCACAGAAUUCAUACUGGAGAAAAACCCUACGAAUGUAACGAAUGUGGAGAAGCCUUUAGUCGGCGCUCAUCGCUUACUCAGCAUGAGAGAACGCACACUGGAGAGAAACCCUAUGAAUGUAUUGACUGUGGGAAAGCCUUCAGUCAAAGUUCAUCCCUCAUUCAGCAUGAGAGAACUCAUACUGGAGAAAAACCCUAUGAAUGUCAUGAAUGUGGGCGAGCCUUUCGAAAGAAAACCAAUCUUCACGAUCAUCAGAGAAUUCAUACCGGAGAAAAACCCUAUGCUUGUAAGGAAUGUGGGAAAAACUUCAGUAGAAGUUCAGCACUAACUAAACACCAGAGAAUUCAUGCACGAAAUAAACUGUAGAAGCCCUGAAAUUAAGGAAUGUGCAGAAAAUUUUAGCUAAAAUAUUGUUCUUAUUUAGUAUCUGAGGAUUCUUACUAGAGAGGAAGCUUGAGAAUGUAAUGGCUCUGUGUGUGUGUGUGUGUGUGUGUGUGUGUGUGUGUGUGCGUGCGCGCGUGUGAAGAGAGCUCUGUGCUAGUGACAAUGUUUUUAAUAAAUAGAAACCACCGUGUGUGUGUGUGUGAAGAGAGCUC